CCAAGGACCAUUGCGAGAAAAUCACUUUGCCGCUAUGUAAAGAUAUGGGAUAAAAUGAAACUCAAAUGCCAAAUAUAUUAAACUUCACAACCCAAGAGGAGGCUGGGUUAGAACUGCACCAGUUUCUGCCUCUUGUAAGGACGGAAUGCAGCCCUGCAAUACAGCUAUUUCUUUGUGUGGUUUAUGCUCCACCGUGCACACGACUGAUAACAGCCAUUCCACCAUGCAAGGAGUUAUGCGAACAAGCCAGGAAAGGCUGUGAAGAAUUGAUGAACAAAUUUGGAUUUAAUUGGCCAGACCAGCUGUCAUGUGAACAUUUUUCAAGUAAAGUUAACCAACCAGUCUGUGUCGUUGGUAAUGCUACGCAGAGCACUACGACUGAAUCCGCCACAACCAUCACUACACCUAUUACUACAACCAGUGCCCCAACUCAAUUUACAAGUACGCUUGACUGUGGAAAAACAGAUGUCUCCAGCUUCAAAUGGAAGUGCGAUUCAUGCAGACGAAAAUGGCGUAAAAAGUCGGUGAGAUCAGUGUUUAGAAAGCAUCUCCACAAAUGUACUGGAUGUUGUGCAAUGGAAGAGAACAUCAGUAGAAGUGGGACGAAGUGUGAAUCAUGUGUCAAAGACAGAAGAGGAUUUGUGUGUUUUAAAUGCAAAAAGCAGAAAAUCAAUGUUUCUGCAACCUAAUAAGGUACAGUACAUGUACGAUAGUAUCCAC